GUCAGUCGCGUCCCGCUUGGACCGCCGGCACCCCGCACCGGCGGUAUGGCGGCCCUCUCCCUGUGUCCACUGAGGGUGAUGGUGGCCCUGGUGACCUUUCAGACAGUCCUAGUGCACAGUAACAGCAUCUGCGACCUGCGCUGCCCCGGUGGACAGAGGUGUGAGCUGCAGCUGGUGCAGAGCGACCACCUCGUCCACUACUGGCCGGUGUGUGUGGACACAGUACCCGUCGCACCCACCGAGCAGCCCCCGCCAGCGACACCCACCGAGAGCCCGCCGCUAAACGGAACCAGUCCCGCCAACUGCGCCCGCAAAACCUGCCCGGCUGGCUUCACUUGUCUCCUGCAGGAAGUGCAGUGCGUCACCGAGCCCUGCCUUCCGCAGCCGAUUUGCACGCCGGACCGUUGUGCAAAAGCCAUAUGCCCGGUCGGCUAUAAGUGUCUUACCGCGGUGAUACCGGGUUCAAAUCCCCACUGCGGCGACUUUCCACUGUGCCGGUAUAAGCCGACCUGCGUGCCAGUCGCCAAGCCCAAGCCCGGUUUCUGUCCGCUGGCGCCGACCCGGGACCAGGCGCUGGCCCGGUGUGAGCUGGACACGGACUGCGCUGCUGACCUGCGCUGCUGUCCGUCCGCGGCCGGCGGCGGCCGGUGUGUGGCCCCCCUGUCCGACCCCUGCGGCGGCGCGUGCCCGGGGAGGUCAUACGACUCCCCCGGCGUGUGCGUGGUCCGUAACGGGCGGGCGGAGUGUCGCGAGAACCCCAACUGCGUGCCGGGCAGCUACUACUGCCACCGGCACACCCAGUCCUUCUGCACCGACGGCGCAGACUUGGUGGGCACCGGGAUCCACUGCUGAGGGUCGCGGCACCGGGAUCCACUGCUGAGGCUCGCGGCACCGGGAUCCACCGCUGAGGCUCGCGGUAUUAAGUUGUUGGUGUUUCCCUUGUGUGUUGUCGUUUAUUUGUUAGUAAUGUUCCUGCUGUAUUGAGGCGUAAUAAAUGUGAAUACCAUG